AUGGAGCAGCCUGCGUGGAUCACAUGUGCUUCAUUCUCACACGAUCAAAAACAUAUCGUCACAUGCUCUGAUGAUUUGUUGGUUCGUAUUUGGAAUUCUGAAACAAACACGAUCAUUGGUACCAUGUCAGGCCAUAUUUCAGAAAUACGUAUUGUAUGCUUUUCACCGGAUGAUAAGUAUAUAGCAUCAGCUGCAUUAGAUCAGACCAUUCGUAUAUGGGAUGUAGAGCAGCAAAAACAGAUUCAUGUGUUCCACACAGCGUCUGGUGUCUGGGCAUUGGCAUGGAAUCCAAUAGACACAACGUUGCUGACAGCCGGUGAUGCUGUGGGAUACGUUUAUUUCCUGAAAAUUCGCGACAUCAAAUAA